ACAUAAUACAAAAAGAAGAAACACACAUUAACAAAAUGGCAGCUAAUCUAGAGUGGUGUGACAGUGAUGUAGAAGAAGAUUACAUAGACAUGGAAGUCACUUCUUUCACUAACCUCGUACGCAAAGCUCUCAACAACAACAACAACAAGCCUAGAGAGUUUGAGUUCCAAAUGUCUCAUUUAUGUCCUCUCGAGAUAGACAAAACCACUUCUCCAGCAGAUGAACUCUUCUACAAAGGCAAGCUCCUCCCUCUUCACUUACCUCCACGUCUCCAAAUGGUUCAAAAGCUUCUAGAAGAGUACACCUUUGAUGAAGAAUUCUACAGCACACCUUUAGCCACCGGAACGGUUACUACUCCGGUGACUAGCAACACCCCGUUCGAGUCUUGCACCGUCUCUCCGGCAGAUUCUUGUCAAGUGAGUAAAGAGCUUAACCCUAAAGACUAUUUUCUUGAAUAUUCAAGUUCAUUGGAGGAUGAUGAGAAGAAGAAAUCUUGGGGCAAGAAGCUAAGAUUGAUCAAACAAUUGAGUUUUGGAACGAAGAUUAAAGCUUCGAGAGCUUAUCUAAGAUCGUUCUUUGGGAAGUCAAGUUGUUCUGAUGAGUCAAGAGUUGCUGAUGAAGGAUCUAUGUUGAGGUAUUCUCGAGCAGAGAGACCUAAAAAGCAGAGUAACGGUUCUGUUCCUAGGAGCCAUAGGAGAUCGUUUUCGGUUUCCAUGAGGAGACAAGCUGCAAAGAGUUUGAACAACAAGUCAUCGGCUAGCUUAGGGUUUCGUCCGUUGCAGUUUUUGAAGAGAAGUACGAGUUCGAGCUCAGAGGUAGAGAACUCUAUUCAAGGAGCUAUCUUGCAUUGCAAGCAAUCUCAGCAACAGAAGAAGCAGUAUAGUGUUAAUGAGGUCGGAUUCUGUUCGUUGUCAGCUUCAAAAAUUGCGGGAGAAUAUGAUCAAGAACGGGCUCAGAUGUUUAGGGGUUGACUAAAUAAUUAAAUUGGGCAUGAGGAUGAUGACAAGAUAAAAAAAUGAGUGAGAGUGAGAGAACUAAAGAUUAAAUUCUUUGUUUUCUUUUGAUUUUUACUCUUAUUUUGCUUCUUUGUUUUUCUAUGAAAUUUCAUAAAUCCUUAA